GCCGUGCAAGGUGGCGAAAUAUUACAAAUAUUGCAUGUGCAGGGGAAUUUUGAGGAUUCUCAUUUUGUUUUGGUAGCCAUUGUCGAUCAAUCGCCGCAUUCUGUAGGUACUGUAGUUAUCCUCAUUUUCAACUUUGGUUAAUGUUUUGAAUAGUGAUUACUGGUUUCACCGUGUGUGUAUAUGGGAAUAGUAUACUGAUGUAUAACAGAGGCAAGUUUUAAAAUGGCCGAAAUUCUUUUGAGUGAAGCAGAGAAAACUUUCAUUCUUCACGGUGUUGAGGAAGGUUUUCGGUGUGAUGGGAGAAUGCGUCUUGAUUACCGUCCAAUGGAAGUAGAAACUGAUGUUGUAUCUCAUGCAAGUGGUUCGGCUCGUCUGAGGCUUGCCAACACUGACAUCUUGGUUGGAGUGAAAACUGAAAUUGAUACACCAUAUCCAGAAAGACCCAGAGAAGGAAAGAUUGAAUUCUUUGUUGAUUGUUCUGCCAAUGCAACACCUGCAUUUGAGGGGCGUGGGGGAGAGGAAUUGGGGACAGAGAUCAGCAAUUCUCUGGCAACAGCUUACCAGUCAUCUCAGACUUUUGACUUAACAGCCUUGUGUAUACUUCCAGGACAGCAGUGCUGGAAGUUGUACAUUGAUAUUCUGAUUCUAGAGUGUGGGGGCAACCUGUUUGAUGCGGUCUCACUUGCCGUGAAAGCUGCCCUCCACAACACUCGUGUCCCCAAAGUUAAGGGAGCCUGUUUGGAUGGAGGAACAGUUGAUCUUCAACUUUCAGAUGACCCGUAUGACUGCUGUCGCCUGGACGUGUCUGAUGCACCAUGUCUCGUUACUCUAUGCAAGAUAGGUGACCAUUGUGUGGUGGAUCCCACGGCAGAGGAGGAGACAUGCAGCAGUGGAAGCGUGGUGAUUGCCAUAACGGAGAAGUCCUUGGUGACAUCUGUCUUCAAGACCGGUGUUGGUAGCUUCCACCCGCAGACCCUGAUUGACAUCCUGAAGGUGGGACAGACAAUUGGUCUCAGCGUGAAUAAGGCCCUGAGGGCCGCGCUACUGGAGGAGGAGCAGCAGGGACGCAAGAAAGAAUGCUUCGGCUUCCUCAAGUGACUUUGUCUGAAACAAGUGUAACAAGAGACCAAAGCUUUGAACUAAAGUGAUGUGUUGUGUCAUAAGCCUAAGAAAUCUACUUUCACUUUCAGUGCCUGUGAUAUCAUUGCAAAGUGAAAGUCUUAUCAGCAGUAUGGAUGACCAUUUUCUUAAAAACAUCUUGUUGUAUUAAAUUAUAUGACAGAACGUUUAUAUUACAUUGUCCUUAAAUAUUUCAUUUCCUGAAUUUUAAAUAAUGUUUCCGUGAAAUUACAUUUUUUGUUUACAAUAGUAGUGAUGUUUUUGAUACAACCUUGAAGUAUAUUUUGGACUUUCGUUUUAUUGAGACAUUCCAGUGAUACAUUGUAAGUCUUGUAAUAUAAAACAAAAUCAUUUGGAGUGAAAACUUGAAGUUUUUUGUCAAGUGGUGCAAUACUUGCCCAGUAUACACCAAGCACAAAUGGAAAAUACUUGUGAAUAGUGCAGAGUGAAAACGUGCAGAAUUCCAGACUGACCCAUUCCACGGACACACUGAGAAAUCAGAUUCUUCACACAUCUCUGCAUUUGAGUUGUCAAAUAAGUGUGAUUGAUGUAAGUACAUUCAGUCCAUUCAUCAUCGUCUAAUACACAAAGUGAUUUUUGUCAUAUGCUCUUUAGCUUAUAAAUGUGUUUGUUACACCAUUUCCAAACCAUGCUACAUGUUCUCAAAUACCCCGAUACUUCUCUUUUAAAGAAAACUAUGUUACUAAUUGGAGUGCAGAUUGUGUUCAUUACAGGAAUGGCAAAGUUUUGUCUUUAA